AUGGCGGAUGUCAAUUUGACAUUAGUUACCGAGUUCAUCCUCUUGGGCCUGACAGACCGAGUAGAACUGAAGGUGGUGCUCUUCGUGCUGUUCCUGCUGAUCUACGCCGUCUCCUUGGUGGGCAACCUGGGGAUGCUUUUCCUAAUCCACAUAACUCCCAAGCUUCACACGCCCAUGUAUCGCUUUCUCAGCUGCCUGUCAUUUGUGGAUGCCUGCUAUUCAUCAGUUUUUGCACCCAGAAUGCUGUUGAAUUUCUUUGUGGAACGCGAGACGAUCUCAUUCUCCGCAUGCAUUGUGCAAUACUUUUUAUUCGUGUCACUCAUUACCACCGAGGGCUUUCUGCUUGCAGCCAUGGCUUAUGACCGCUAUAUGGCCAUUGUGAACCCUUUACUGUACACAGUGGCUAUGACCAAAAUAGUUUGUGUUGUACUUGUGUUGGGAUCAUGUGCUGGCGGCUUAAUCAACUCACUGACGCACACAAUUGGCUUAUUGAGACUGUCCUUCUGUGGGCCCAAUGUCAUCAGUCACUUCUUCUGUGACCUGCCUCCCCUGUUAGAGCUGUCGUGUUCUGACACAUCCAUGAAUGAGCUCCUGCUUCUAGUCUUCACCACCAUUAUUGCUAUGAUCACAUUCCUGACAGUGGUCAUCUCCUAUGUUUUCAUUGUUGCUGCUAUCCUGAGGAUCCGCUCUGCAGCAGGUAGACAGAAAGCCUUCUCCACAUGCGCCUCGCAUCUUACAGUUGUGACUUUGUUCUAUGGCUCUAUAAGCUUCAGUUACAUUCAACCCAGCUCCCAGUAUUCCUUGGAACAGGAAAAGGUGGUAUCUGUCCUCUACACCCUGGUGAUUCCUAUGUUAAACCCGCUGAUUUACAGUUUAAGGAACAAGGAGGUGAAAGAUGCCGUCAAACGGGCUAUAGAAAUGAAAUGUUUCCCUUGUUGA